AUCUUCAAAAUGGCCACUUACAAAAACUCAUUUGGAUAUUUUGUGCUUCCAGUUAUGGUUCUAGCAUUCUUAACUCUCCAAGCAGAAGGCCAAGGCUUAAAAGUUGGGUUCUAUGAGAAAUCAUGCCCACAUGCUGAAAAGAUCGUAACUACGGUCAUCAAUGAAGUUAUGGCAGUCGCCCCGUCACUUUCUGGCCCAUUGUUGAGAAUGCAUUUCCACGACUGCUACAUUCGGGGUUGUGAUGGUUCAGUUUUAUUGGACUCUCCAACAAAUCAAUCCGAGAAAUUUGCACCCCCGAAUCUCAGCCUGAGAGGGUUUAAUAUCGUUGAUAGAGUGAAGUUGGCGUUAGAAAAUGCCUGUCCAGGUGUAGUUUCUUGUGCUGACAUCGUAGCCCUUGUUGCCAGAGACGUUACUGUGGCGACCAAGGGACCAUUUUGGGAGGUCGAAACUGGCCGAAGAGACGGAAAUGUGUCUUUAAUCAGUGAUCCCAUAAAUCCAGCAACAGGAUUACCGCCAUUUUUUGCAAGUAUUAAUCUUUUGAAACAAUCAUUUGCACUGAGGGGACUAAACACAAAAGAUCUUGUGGUUCUCUCUGGAGGGCAUACCAUAGGGAUGUCUCAUUGCUCGUCAUUCGAUAGCCGUCUCUACAACUUCACUGGGAUAGGCGAUACUGACCCCUCAAUGGACCCAAACUACAUUGCAAGAUUAAAGUUGAAAUGCAAACAAGGAGACCAAACCACUUUAGCUGAGUUAGACCCUGGGAGCUCACUACUACAGAAAUAGGCAUUUGCGACGGCCAAAUCCGUAGCAAAUCCAUAGCAAACACCCUUUUUGCUACGAAUUUGCUACGGAUUUGGUUCGUAGCUACAAGUCCCGUCGCGAAUUUAUUUGCUACGAACUUUAGCUACGGAAAUUAUGUUUGCGAUGAAUUUAGCUACAAAAAAUGUCGUCGGUAUUUUAGCCACGAAUUUGCUACGAACAAGGUUGCUACGAAAUUUCGCUAUGGUUUUUUAGCUACGGAUGUUUUUAGCUACGGAAACUUUAGCUACGGUUGUUUUUAGCUACGGAUACUUGUAGCUACGCAACAUUUUAGCUAUGGUUAUUUUUUAGCUACAGAACUUUGCUACCAUUUUUUGCUA